GGUGUUUUUCACUCCGAAAAAUGUGCAAAGACUAUAGUCUUUGGUGUUUUUUACCUCCAAAAAUGUGCAAAGACUAUAGUCUUUGGUGUUUUUCACCGCCAAAAAUGUGCACUGACUAUUUUCCGAAAAAGUCAAUUGCGAUCGUGCAAUUCAGUAUUCGAUCAUUGCAGCGUCGCGUACGUAGAUUCUUCUUUUACGAAGCAACGGCCGGAGCAGCCGAAGCGACGUCGUCAUCAGGAGCGAGAUCGAUGGUAGCGCGUACAUUCUUUGAGAAGAGACAGAAGCAGUUAGCGAGGGGAGAGAGACAUAUUUUGGGAUUCAUACUUGACAGCAGUCGAAGUUCUCCGCGAUACAGUUCAACUUUCAACUACUAUCCCUACGUUGUGCUGAAAAAUUCGUGUAAGGCUUUCAAUCAGUCAUCACUGUGCCUAGUUCAUCGCAGUACUUAUUCAACUUCCAACCACGAAGGGCAGGCGUUGCAUGGCAUUGCACAAUUCGUUUACAGGUACUCUGAGAUGCUGUCGCCGCAGUUAUGACCCCCUGGACUUCCCCUGUUCAUCAGGGGGAGUCCAGGGACCCGUCCCCUGGGACUGCGCGGCCUCCCACCGCCCCCGGGGUCCCAGGGGACCCAGUCCCCGAGGACUUGU